ACGUCAAAUAGCCAAUCGUCUCAGCUGAGCCAAAGGUGACUGACUGGUUGACGGUGGGGCUUGUGCUGUUGUUCUGUCUUAUUCAAUCAGAAAAUCAAAAUUAUUACUUGUAGUGAUAUUACCAUUUAAUUGAUACAAUCUCUAAAAAACUACCUUCUAUAAUGAGUGAACUCAGUCAAGAAGAGAUACGAAGGCGAAGAUUGGCGCGAUUAGCAGCUUUGGGUGGCACUGGUCCCUCUCCAGUUCCGCCUAGUCCUCCUAUAACGCCUGGCGCCUCAGUGCCGCCCGACGUGCUUAAUCCUGCACCUACAUCACGUUUAUCCCCCGCGCCUCGCAGUUCUAACGAAAAUUCUGAGAGUUCAGACAAAGAACAGACGUUCACAGAGAACAAAAGUGAAGUGCCAGAGCAAACAAAAAUACCAGCAGAUGGCUUAAUCGUAACGGAGAAGCCCGAGAGUAAUUUAUUGGAUGAAAUGCCAGAUACCAAAAUGACAGAUUUGUCUCAAACAAGACAAUAUAAUAGUUUUGAUUCAAUGGGUGAAGAUACUUUGUUGACCUGCGGUUCUGUGAGGGGCUUGCCUCAUUCCACUGUAACCAAUUCUGAAGGUGCUUCUAAUAGAGAGGACAGCACAUCACGGUCAAAUUCCCCGGCCCAGUUUGCUGAGCCACCCCCUGUUAGGCCACGAACAAGCAAUGCUUCACCUAGCUGUUCACGUCGAUCUCUGUCAAUGGAGGUAGAUGAUGUAUCAGAAAGGAAUUCCCAGUCUGAACAUCAACAGGAAGCUAUGGAGGUUGAAGACAGUGACCCGACACAAUCACCUGCACGUAAAAUACAAAGGUCUCGCACAGUAAGUUGCACAGAACUUACGGAAGAACAACUUAGGAAUAUUGUCGCAAAGAUACUCCAAGUAUCAUGGUCAGAUGAGAGUGCAGGUGGAAUUUUUGUACCGUCAAUAGCAAUAUCUCUUCUUGACAACCCAAAACUCAGUUUGGAGGAACUAGCAUCAGAGGCUCUUAUGGACGUCCUAACACAACUUUUAGAUAAAUCAGAUCCUCUAAAUCAAAAACUGAUUGCAGUAACUGAGAUAACAAAAAGACUUAGUGAAGACUGUGGUGAUGACCUUACGACUGGACAUCUCCUUUCCGAAACUGAUCCAGACAAAGCAGACUGUCCCACCCCAUCACUGCCUAUUCCAAAAACUAUUCCCGCCCAGGGUCUAGCUGUUAGUUACAUACUUAAAUUCUACAACAACAUUAAUAUUUAUGAGAGGGAACACUCUAAGAAAAGUUCAGAACCACCGUUGAGUGACUUGCUGCAAAGUUUACGGACCUUACUUGUAAAUAAUUUAGUGUUAGUGCUCAGAGGCAGGUAUGACUUCCCGACCUGCAAUAAAUCGCCAUUAUUACCAUAUAUUUUAAACGGAAAUACGCCGAUAGGUCUCAUGCCAGAAGUGCUUUUGGCUACAUACAUGGAUAAAGAAGCCUUCGAUGAAAUAUUCAUCCCAUUAUUAAUGGGUAUUCGCGAGGAGAUGCGACGGUGCGUAUCUCAGCUCGUUGGACGAGGACACGGGGCAGCGUUGCGAGCUCUACGAUCUCUAUGCGAGUUGAGAGCCGGGCCUAGACAUUCGACGCGUCCUGUGUGUGCGUUGAUUGCCCGUCUACCCAGCCUAUGUCCCCCCGCGUUAACUACAGCGCCUGGAAGAGAGAUCGCAAGAGUCAGCUUUCUGGGGCCUUUCUUUGCCAUAUCCCUCUUCGCGGAGGAGAAUCCCCGUCUGGCCGAGCGCAUGUUCGGUGUCGGCACAGACCAGAGCCUGGUGUUCUCCCUCCAAAGGGAGGUGGAAGCCAGUCGCAGCACACUCCACGUCAUCUGCCACAACAUCCUGCUGUGCCCCGAAGCCAGGGAGCCGUUUCUCAACUACUUCGCGAACGUGUUGCAACGUAAUGAGAGACGCGCGCAAUUGCAGACUGACGAGAGAUCACUUGCGGGUGACGGGUUCAUGCUGAAUGUAUGCUCGGUGCUGCAACUGCUGUCGGUGCGAAUAAAGCUAGAACGUGUGUAUCCACUGUACACGUUCCAACCGGACACAUGGAUCAGUGUGCGCGAUGAAACGAGGCUUUACUUCACCGCACAGGAAGCGCAAGACUGGCUUGAUGGACUCAAUAACGACCCCGCGCACAAGUGGCCCGAAGCGAAGUUCCAGACGUUAUGUUGGUUCCUAACAUUGCACAUGCAUCACGUCGCGCUGAUACCGGCCUUGCACACACAUCAGCGACGCUUACGAGCUUUCCGUGACCUUCAGAAGGUGAUCGAAGAGCUAGUAGUAGCAGAACCACAAUGGCGGAACACGUACUCCGCGAAUAGAAACAAGGAACUCCUUCGCAGGUGGAGAAAACAGAUCAAACGUCUACACAGAUCAAAGCAGUGCGCAGAGGCGGCACUCCUGGACCUCGAUUUAAUGCGUCGCGGCGUCCAGUUCUACUCGUCGGUGUGCGCUAUGCUAGUAAAGCAGUUGAAAGCUGCGGCGGAACCCACCACGUCACAAUCGUCGACCGCGCACGCAUUCCGUGCCACGCCCGAGUGGUAUGUCGAGGACAUCGCUGAGUUUAUGCUCUUUGCUGUACAAUACGUACCGCACACAGUUGCCAACUAUAUAGAAGACCCCAUAGUAACGUGGCUGCUUAGUGCAAUUUGCAAUUCCCACCUCAUCAAGAACCCGUACCUCGUGGCAAAAAUCGUCGAAGUUUUAUUCGUCAUUAAUUUGUCACUCCCAAUGAAAAUCAAGAACGUAUACGAGAAAUUCAUGGACCACACGAUGUCACAAACCGCCUUACCCAGUGCCUUGAUGAAGUUCUACACAGAUAUUGAGACGACGGGCCAAAGCACGGAGUUCUAUGAUAAAUUUACUAUAAGGUUUCAUAUUAGCAUAAUACUCAAAGGAAUGUGGGAAAGACCGAUACAUAAGCAGGCAAUCGUGAAGGAAUCUCGGUCUGGCCGGCAGUUCGUUAAGUUCAUCAACAUGCUGAUGAAUGACACCACAUUCCUUCUUGAUGAAUGUCUUACGUACCUGAAACGGAUCCACGAAGUCCAAGAGGCCGAAACGAAUGGCGCGAGCACCAGUUCAAGCGAGGCUAGUGUAAGAGCUCUCGCACAAGAUGAACGCCAGUGCCGUUCAUAUCUCACCCUGGCGCGGGAGACAGUAGACAUGUUGGAGUAUCUUACCGUGGAAAUAAAGGAGCCAUUCCUGAAAGCGGAACUUGUUGAAAGGCUAGCUUCAAUGCUGAACUUCAAUCUUCAACAGCUUUGCGGACCUAAGUGCAAUAAUCUCAAGGUGCGUCGUCCAGAUAAGUACGGGUGGGAGCCACGGCGGCUGCUAAGCCAGCUUGUAGACAUUUACCUACAUCUCGACUGCCCGCAAUUCCACGCCGCGCUCGCAGCUGAUGAGAGGUCAUUCCGCAAGGAGUUAUUUGAGGAGGCGGCGGUUCGGCUGGCCAAGUCGUGCAUCAAAACUCCCUCUGAAAUUGAACGCUUCAAGACGCUCGCGGACAACGCAUAUCAGAUAGCUGUUUCCAACCAGCAAAAGAGCGAUGAGUAUGCGGACGCUCCGGAAGAGUUCAGAGAUCCCCUGAUGGAUACAUUGAUGACUGACCCCGUUUUUCUACCCUCGGGAAAGGUCAUGGACCGUUCGAUUAUCCUGCGACAUCUAUUGAACAGUGCCACCGAUCCUUUCAACCGGCAACCACUCACAGAAGACCAGUUGCAUCCAGCAACGGAACUUAAAGAAAGGAUACUACAGUGGCAACGCGACAAGAAAACGUCUUAAACGUUUCAAACCAAAACAAAGUCUGAUGUAUAUAUUGUAUAACAUAUAUAAAGACUAUGCUGCAUAUUUCCAGCGACCAAAGGACUAUUGUCCACACGGAUGGAUGAGAGACUAUUCGAAGCACUGUUUAUUUCAAAUUUGCGUGCAUAUACUUUCGAGCAUUGAUUAUAAGUUUUCGAUUAUACAAACUCAUCACUAGAUUCUCAUUCUCUAUGAAACAGAAAUCGUUAAUACAUCGUCAUAUUUGACACCUGUUCAUAAAAGAACAGACGUAAAAGUCACAGUCGCGAGUCCACGACUUUUUGGAUGUCUCUAAAAAGGGACCCAGGAGUUGGAACACACAUAUGAACUGCAUAUUCAAGCAUAAUAGAUACUGUCGAUGCUUGAAUAAUUUGGAAUUUUUCAGUUGACUCUUCAUUAUAAGAAGUAUAUUUUGUUAAGGUUCGUGUAAAUUUUGCCAGAAUGUUAUGUAUAAAUUAAAAAAUGGUCUGAGACAUAGUUUGAAUUUGAAUAAAUAAGUUCAUUCAAGAAGUGAGAAUUGUUUUCAGAAAAACGGCCACUAAAGUUUAAACGGUCGUCUGUUUCGUAUAUCUUCUUAGUACUAUAAAGAUAGAUUAAAAUAUACUUCAUAUACUAUAAUAAAAACUGUGUGAUAUAAAAAAACUUUAAAACCACUAAACAACAAAAUUAGACAAAAAUAAAUAAUAAUUGUAAAAAGUUUUUUGAUAAUAUACGUUUGAAAAUCACACAGAUAUUCACUGUCCUUCUCUCAUGCAUGUAUCGCCAAAGUUUGUUUACAUAAAGGUUAGGUUAUAUGUCUUUUUACUCUGGUAUUAUUACAUUAUAACUUGCAGAAACCAAGGUAAAACCAAAACUUUAUUUUUUUCAAUCGCGUAAGAUAUUCGUUUUAAAAGCAAACGCGUAUUUUCAUACUUAAUCAGAACUAUAAACAUCGAUGAAUAUUACAAACAUAUCGGUUACGUGCUGAAACUCAAUUCAAAUAUUGGCAAACAUCUGUGCUCGAAUUUAUAGGUACCUAACUCAAGGUUUGUACCUACAAUACACUUAAAUAUUAUCUUAUGCUUUCAUAGAACACUUUCCAUAUUUUUGCAGCCUAUUUUCUUUAAUUUGCUAAAUUAUUAGGUGUAUGUAUAACUUUAUUUACCAUUUAAAUAAUCAUAGUUAAGCAUUAUUUUUUAAAAGUCAGCAGACUGCAGUUGCUACGGUUGUUAACUUUCGUUGCCAUCUCAUACAAAUUAUAGAUUAAAAAUCGGCUACUAACCUUAAUUUUGUAAGGAAAUUACUAUAUUUCUUGACACUUAGCAACUCGCAGUUGCUUUUCGUUCGUGACCGGUCAUUUAGACAAGCAAUAACCGUUUUCAACAUUAUUUUGUUAUAUGUGACAGAAAUUCCUACCAGGCUAGAUUUAAGCAAGCUGACCGUAGCAAUAUUGAAAAAAUUACCAAUUUUAAAAUCGGCAGUGCACCUCACUGGAUGGUAGGUCGCGACUCUUGCGUGCGAUGCAAUCGAUGCAUCCUUGGAUUUUUAUAUCAAUGCAACUGAGGCCUAAAAUAUACCACCAAUCACAAGUUUUCGCCAAAUGUAUUUAUUAUAAGCCACCCUUUUUAGAAUUACGAAGCGUUGUAUGCAUGCAUUUUGUUUGCCUGGAUAAAUUGACUUAGUCAGUUGUAUUAUGAAUUAGGAUUCAUUAAUGGAACUAUUAGCUACGAUGAUUAUACUAAGCGCGAUGUCCACAGGAUAUAAGUAAAAUCGCUCAUUAGCUCUAUGUAUAAGUAUGUGUUUAUCUCUGCCGCACGCUCACAAAUGUAUUGCUCUCUCGCUUGCACAGAGGCGGUCUGCGACGCGCAUGAUGUAUACAAGGAUUUUAAUGAAAGUAUAAAGACUUUAUUUUCAUGAAAAAUAGAAAGUAGAAUGAAUAUAUAUAUAUUUUUUGUAUUAGUUACUUGCACAUAGUGAUGUAAUUAAGUUUUUCUUUAGCCAUUUGGUUCUCAUUAUUGCAUAGAAUUAUGUGAUUUGUUCCUUUAUCAUAGUAAUCAAUUAAAAUAAUUUCCAUGUGGAAAUCUAGAAAAUUAUUAACUUGAUAAUAAUUGUAAUGCAUUUCUAUAAAAGAUAAUAUUAUUGCGUAAGUACAUUUAAUGUUUCUGAACAUAUAUAAAAUUAAACACGUCAAAUCAGUUAAAUUAUUGAAUUACAGUGUAAACUCUAUAACACAGAUUAAAAUCUAGUUUGUUUAUUCCCUGUUGGAAAGCCUGACUAACGAGCGGCUAACUUAUUUGACAAGAAAAAAAAACUGUAACUAUUACCAAAUAUUUCUUUAAUGAAUAUUUAAAAAAUAUAUGUGAAUUGUGAAACUUCUUUUCUACUCUUUAAUGAUCAACAUGGUACCCGCAAAGCAUUUCAAAAGGGGGUAUAUCACCCCUAGUGGACACUGGAGCCUUUGAAUUUAUUUUAUAGAUAUAUUUAGCAUUGGAAUUUUUAUUCUGCUUAUUGUGGAGAACAGGCUGGGAAAUUUUUUAUUGUAAAGUCUGCACUGUACUUUCAAUAUAAUAAACAGUCUGGCCAACAGUUAUUAUUUUUGAUAAAGUAGUAAUUUUCUCCUAUCACUGCCAAGGAAAUCAAUUGUCUAUAGAUUGGGCAUUCCUAAAUUACAAUAUACACCUUUAAAAUUACUUGGUCUCAUUGUAUUAUAAUUUGUCUCAUAGUUAUCUUAUAUAUUAUAAAGAUUGUAUUAUAAUUUAAAAAAGAACUUUAUGUUGAUGUCAA